AACUCCUUACAUUCUCACUUUCACUCUCAGCCCCCAUCCAUUCAAAAUGUUGACGAUGCCGUUUCCCAAUUCAAUCGCAUGCUGUGUAUGCGUCAUACCCCACCCAUCAUCCAAUUUAACAAGAUUUUAGAUUCCUUUGCGAAGAUGAAGCACUAUUCCACUGCUAUUUCCCUUUCUCACCGAUUGGAACUCAAGGGAAUUCAGCUUGACCUUUUUACUUUGAAUAUUCUCAUUAAUUGUUUCUGUCAUAUGGGUCAAAUUACUUUCAAUUUCUCUAUAUUGGCCAAGAUUCUCAAGAGGGGUUACCAUCCCGACACCAUAACCUUCACAACACUGAUCAAAGGUCUGUGCCUUAAGGGACAAGUCAAGAAAGCACUGCACUUUCACGACAAGCUAUUAGCACAAGGAUUUCAACUCAACCAAGUUAGUUAUGGGACUUUGAUCAAUGGAGUAUGCAAGAUAGGAGACACAAGAGCUGCCAUCAAGUUGCUGAGAAAGAUUGAUGGACGACUGACUAAACCUAACGUGGUAAUGUACAACACAAUUAUUGACGCCCUGUGCAAACAUCAACUUGUAAGUGAGGCUUAUGGUUUAUUUUCUGAAAUGACUGUCAAGGGAAUUUCUGCUGAUGUUGUCACUUAUAAUACUCUAAUAUAUGGCUUCUGCAUCGUGGGUAAGUUGAAAGAAGCAAUUGGUUUGUUAAAUAAAAUGGUAUUGAAAACUAUCAACCCAAAUGUCCGUACCUAUAAUAUACUGGUUGAUGCAUUAUUUAAAGAAGGAAGGGUGAAAGAAGCCAAAAAUGUUUUAGCUUUCACGAGCCACCACAUAAAGAAGCCUGACACCACAUUCAACCUUAAGGCUCAAGUUUAUGGGUCUUCUCCUCACUUAUAUGGUGCUCAACCUUUUCACUUCUACCCAAUGUGGGACUUCACCUCACACUUAUACUCCAACAAUAAUGUUAUGAUCAAUGGGCAUUGUAAACAGGACCUGCUUGAUGAAGCAUUGUCCAUGCUGUCAAAAAUGGAAGACAAUGGAUGCAAGGCUAAUGCAGUAACUUUUGAAAUUAUCAUCAGUGCUCUCUUUGAAAAAGAUGAGAAUGAUAAGGCAGAAAAACUUCUUCAUGAAAUGAUUGCUAGAGGCUUGUUGUAAGACUAAACUAUGCGAGAACUUUCUAGUUACACGUGAAAAAGAAGAUGAACAAUGCAAUGGGCUCAAUAUCACUUUACUUUUGAUUAAAGGUGAUAUGUACUUAGCUUCAUUUUUUAUGUUAUAAAUAUAGCAAUAGUCAAAUGAGUAUUGUCUUGAUUUAACCAUCCUUUUCCUUCUCAAUGUAUUGUGGAUGCUUGCUUUAAUGAUUUACUCAGUCACUCCUCAUUGUUAGUGUUU